CAGGAUGCCGUCGUGCUCUGACCAGCAGGUCAACAUUACCGUGUUUGGAGCUAGCCUAACACAGCACAGGGGGACAAGAUCACCAGCUUAUAUAAUGAAAGCAUUCCAUGAUUCCAAUCCCUCAUCCUGCAGCUUGCUUACUUGUUAAUUGCCAUCGACGACACAAAUGGCGUCGCUCACCGUUCUCACUGCCCUCGUCUGCGCGACGCUGGCCGCCGGCGGUGCCGCGGGCGUCCGCGUCGAGCUCACGCGCAUCCACUCCCACCCAGGCCUCACCGCGUCCCAGUUCGUCCGCGACGCCCUCCGCCGCGAUAUGCACCGGCACAACGCCCGGCGGCUAGCCAUGUCUGGUACGGUUUCCGCACCGACAAGGAAGAGCUCGCCCGGCGGCGGGGAGUACCUGAUGACGCUGGCCAUCGGCACGCCGCCGCUGUCCUACCCGGCCAUCGCCGACACGGGCAGCGACCUCAUCUGGACGCAGUGCGCACCCUGCGGCGGCCAGUGCUUCAAGCAGCCGACGCCGCUGUACAACCCGGCGAGCUCCACCACGUUCGGCGUGCUCCCGUGCAAUAGCUCCCUGAGCAUGUGCGCGGGGGCUCUGGCCGGGGCGCCGCCGCCGCCGCAGGGUUGCGCGUGCACGUAUAACUACACCUACGGCACCGGGUGGACGGCGGGCGUCCAGAGGUCCGAGACGUUCACGUUUGGCUCGUCGCCGGCUGACCAGACCCGUGUCUCCGGCAUCGCCUUCGGGUGCAGCAACGCGAGCAGCGACGAUUUUAGCGGCUCGUCGGGGCUCGUCGGGCUUGGCAGGGGGUCCCUGUCGCUCGUCUCGCAGCUCGACGCCGGCAGGUUCUCCUACUGCCUCACGCCGUUCCAAGACACAAGGAGCACCAGCACGCUCUUCCUCGGCCCGUCGGCGUCGCUCGACGGCACCGGCGUCCACUCCACGCCGUUCGUCGCCAGCCCGGCCAUGGCGCCCAUGAGCACCUACUACUACCUCAACCUGAAGGGCAUAUCUCUUGGCACGACGGCGCUGUCCAUCCCGCCCAACGCCUUCUCCCUGAACGCCGACGGCACCGGCGGGCUCAUCAUCGACUCCGGCACGACGAUCACAUCACUGGUGGACGCGGCGUACCAGCAGGUUCGUGCCGCUGUCGUCUCGCUGGUGACGCUGCCCACGACGAUGGACGGGUCGGCGGCGACGGGGCUCGACUUGUGCUUCGCGCUGCCGUCCCCGACGUCGGCGCCGCCGGCCAUGCCGAGCAUGACGCUCCACUUCGAUGGCGCGGACAUGGUGCUCCCCGCUGACAACUACAUGAUCCUGGACUCCGGCGUGUGGUGCCUGGCCAUGCAGAACCAAACCAAUGGCGCGAUGAGCACUCUAGGCAACUACCAGCAGCAGAACAUCCACAUCCUCUACGACGUUGGCCGAGAGACAUUGUCGUUUGCUCCGACCAAAUGCAGCACGCUCUGACCACAGCUAAAUACACAAGCUAUUUAGUUUAUUUUUUAAUUAACUGGCUUCUUCUAGACAUCAUUAAAACACACGGAGUAUAUGCGUGAAUAUAUAGAUAGGUUCAUCAUUUUUAUAUAGUGGCCCGUCGAAGAAAUGAAAUAUUCUAAUUCAGAGAUGCAUAGAACUGGCUUGUGGCAUUGCUACGUGUCUUGUCCUUUUGAUUGUCUAGUGUACGUAUGGUCUUGUUGAGUUGUUGUUGUAUACUUAUACGUGGAUUGUGGAGGUGUUUCCCUUUUA